AUGUCGUUCCGUUGUAAUAGCUCUGAAACUGGCUCUCAUUACUCAUAUUCAGUUCCAUCUCUGGAGGAUAUUAGCGUCCGUUGGAUAGUUAAAAAUUUUUAUAGUGUCGUUACAAAGUGUUCAGAUUGCACCGAACCAAAAUAUGUUUGGCGAUUUCCAUAUCCCGAUUGUCGGAUUGUGGCUCGACCAGCGGAGAAAAUUCUUCUCAAAUUAUGCAAGCGCCAAGUGUUUAAAGAGGAAUUUUUGAAUCUAUUUUCAAUGAAAUAUGUCGAUUUGGUCUCUCCUGUUUUACGCGAUGUUGUCGUCAGUCCUCAAUACCUCAGAAUUCUGCGCGAUUUCAAGUUGUAUAAUCUUACAGCUACUAGUCUUAAAGAAACUAAUCUCAACAGUCUUAUCAGCUGCUUGGGUGAAAAUACCACGGAAAAUCUCGUUUCCCUCAAUUUGACUAAUAUGGCCAUUGAAGAGAAUAAACUCCCAGUUAUUAUAUCUCUUGGUCGAUUGAAAAAUCUUCAAGUUCUCAACGUUAGUCGCACAAAAUUCACUUCAGAAUGUCUGCAGAACUUGGUGAAACUUCUUCCGAGGCUGAGAUUUCUUAAUAUCUCUCGAACGAAUAUCAACAACAUCAGUGCACUUUUGGAGUUAAAGUCAACACUUACGGGUUUAAUAAUGCACAAACUUAAUCUCGAUAGCCCCCAAUUGCUAAGUCGCGCCUUAUCCACCAUUUUAGAGUUGAGUGAACUCCGAGUUUUGGAUGUUUCUUCUGCUGGUGAUAAGGAUAGACCUCGUUGUUCUUAUGUUGAUCGACUUUGUCAACGUGAAUGUCUACCACAUCUGACACAUUUUGAUAUUUGUGGAAAUCAGUUCAGUCUUAGGCUCACUGAUGUCAAGAACUUCAUUAAAAAUCAUCCAAACCUGGAGUUUGUUGGUCUUGCUGUAUGGCCAUCUCGUCAAUACCACGAGUUGCAAGGCAUCUACCAGCUCUCACUGGAUUAUCCUCACAUCGCGAUGACGGGUGACAGAGGAGAAAAGUUGCUUUUGGCAACACUAACUCGAAAUAAAGAUCGUCGGAUUUAUCUCCAAAGCGCCUUUCACAAUAUUUUUGAAGAGACAGCCUCUCGCGAUUGGCUCAAUCCGGAUCUUCUAGCGUUUUUCCGUGUCAUUCUAUUGGCCUCUUCUAUUAUCGGUUUCACAGCUGGAGACAUUCCAAUUUUUCUUGGUCUUACGAUUAUUAGUUUAUCGGCUGCUUCUGAAUAUUUUUUGUUAUUUCAGGCUGUGCUGAGGGUAAUGAGAUUGCAUAUGAACAGACAAGAAAUGAUCCUCGCAGGUACGGCCGUCGUGUACAAUUUGACGCGAGGUGAGCAAUCUGCUCAACUCCCCUUGGAUUUACUAAAUCGAGCAGUCAGCACCACACUCACCUCUAUUGAACACCAUCAAGAACAAGUGCAACUCCUCAAGAACUGUUUUCUUACUCUAUGCAGUGACAAUGUACUUCACAGAGCCAAAUUCAGCUGCAAACGCUGUUGUGAAUUGGUCUUCAAAAUUCUCAUUAGAUUCAAUGAUAUCCACAUCAAGCGCAUGGGAGUGGCCAUUAUAUCCAUCUUAGCGGCUGAGAUUCUCACCUCGGACUUGAAGGAAAUAUCUUCAGAUUCCCGUCGCCUCCAGCGUCUCUUGAUUUACGUCGUGGAGAAGUGUCUCCUACAAGGUGAUGUGGAAGCCCUGAUGUCUGAGAAUGAUAAUAGAAUGCUCUCCUACCUCCACCAAGCUGAUGUGUCCCUGCAAGGUUCUCCAAUAUACGAUACAACACUUCGGUUUACCCUUUCAGCAUUAUGGAAUCUUACUGAUGAGUGCCCUGAGGCCUGUCAGACUUUUGUCAAUGUCGGCGGUCUGGUGAUCUACGCCAAAGUUCUUAAGAAAAUGGCCUCGGAAGAAGAGGACUUUAAAAAUCAUGUCUAUACAAAGUGUCUUGGUCUUUUGAAUAAUGUGGCUGAAGUACCUUCGACCAAGCAAACUCUGUUGAUGGAGCCAUUGAUGGCCUUCUUCAACAAAAUGUUGAGCCACUCAAGUAUCCAGAUCAGCUAUUUUGCUGCCGGUAUCGUCUCCCAUCUUGCUUGCCUCCCGGAUGAUGUCUGGAUCUCCGCCAAGCAGUACAAAGCCGACUUCAUUCGUGUUCUUGGUGAAGCUGUUUGCAAAUGGACCCCUCCACAGAAUGAAAUGGUUGCCUACCGCUCUUUCCAACCCUUCCAAUCCCUCAUUCUUGACCCAAAUAGUCGUUUGGAGAUCCACCUUUGGGCUGUUUGGGCCAUCCAUCACAUCCUCACCAAAAAGAACUCUCGCUACGUGCCAAUCCUUCGUGAGUGCCUCAGCCUCCAGCGUUUCCUUCUCUAUGUCGUGUCCACCGAUGUGGCAACCUUAUGCGCGUCGUCAGCUCCUAUGCAAUUCCCUCAUCAGAACUUCCCCAUCAACGCUGUGGCGGCGGGCGAUUCGGAAAGUGAUGUCCUCCACUGUGGUCCUGUCAUAGUGCCAGAAUCCUGGCGAAAGCUUUGCCCCUCUUACUAUAACUUUUUUCGUGCCAGUAUUCAGAAAAAAGGGUCCCCGGUCUACUAUCCGCAUCAGUCAGCAACUCUUCCCUUCGUUGCUCCUAGCGACUCAGUAGCUCGACUACCUGCGUUCGAUGAGGGACAGUCAAUGGGCCAGUCUCCCAUGUCAAGCAACCCAUUUCUCACGACUAUUAUCCCUUCACCAAUGGAGGAGACAAUUUCCCUUGGUCCUACGGAGUCACAACUAACGUGUGCCCGCCUACUUCAACGUCUCGCGGUGGAGAUUAUUGAGGCUGUGUUAGUUUUUGAGGCUGAAAAUCGCACCACUGCUCUUAUCUCUGCCCCCACCUAG